AUGAGUAAUCAUGCGGCGAUUAACCUACGGGCAGACGGUUUGGUCCGCCGGCGAAUCUCAACGGCUAGCACUUCAUCUUACACUUGUGAGUUUAGGCUGUUUUUUUUGAGAAAUUUCAAUAUUUUCGUAAAAUUUACGUCUUAUUGUAACUUUUAUCGUAUUUUUGAACAUUAUAGUAUAGUUUUCAUGUUUUAUAUCAAAGAUUAAGAUUUAAAUGAUUUUUCUUUUCUUACCUAAUAACGUAACCACAUAGGUGAUCUUUUAAGUGAAGCCCUACACGUUCCACAGACCAUUGAUGUUAGCAAUGAUGUUGAGAGUAAGUAUUUAUGUUUUAUACGUUACAUUUUACUUUUUUUUUGAUUUUAAGGCGCUUUUAUCAAAUGGUUCAGAUAGUUCUGUGCCUCCUAAUCGCAAACCUUUACUUUGAGAUGGGGCACAGGAUUAUUUGAACGACCUAAUAAUUCAAAAAUUAUGUUUUAAGUUUCAACUUCUUUCGAGUUUCCAAUUUGUAUAUAUAAGCCGCAGACUUUACAGAGCUAUAUAUACCAUAGCUAUUACUAUUCUACUAUGAAUGGUAGAAUAGUAAAUGAACUUUACAUUUCUCAAUUCAAGUCCUACCUUUUCAGCCCCAAUUGACAAUGUCAGACGUCUGGUCCAGCGUGAUCCGAUCGACCAUCCCCCACUGUUCUGUGAGAUGAUGUACCUCACGACGAAUCCAGAAGAGGACGAAUUCGACCAUGAAGCCGAGUUAUGUUGGCGACAAAUCGGCCGUUGGAUCAAGUUCAAACAGGUGGUCGAAGGAGAUGGGACACGGUUUUCUCGACCACAUUUGACUUUGCUUACAGUACAUUCCAUGCUUCAGGUAAGGUUUUGGGUUUUUGAAGUAUGUUACAGUAUGUUGUAACAUCAGAUUCGUUUUACACUUUUCGCAAUUCCAAUCUUUCGUUGCGGGACCUAAGCUGGUACCGUAAGUUCUUGGUUUGGGUCCUCAGGACACAUGUAUCGGUCCGGCCCCUUUCAAAUUGGCGUUGGCCCGUCCCAAGUACGGACCUAGUUGCCCCCUCGCACCCCUAACCACAAUAUGUAAAAAACCGUAUUUUAGGUAAAAUCCUUCCUUCGUAAAGGCCCAGUCCUUCUUGAUGUGGAAGCCAACACGUUUGUUCAAGUCUGUGAUGAUAUGAUCAAAUCCUGGAUGGAAUUCGGCCUUCUAGAUGAAGAUCACAGUAACAUGGUACGAGAAGUCAUGUAUGCUCCGAAAAUGCAUCUUCUAGAAGGUCAAAUACGAACUGUCAAUGAGUCUACUGUUCCUAUUGGUGAGUUGGAGUUAUUUUGGAUCUUACAGUUUGCUUUGGACUUAAGUGGUGAUCAUUAGGACAUAAAUGAUGACUAAUAGGCAUAAGUAUUCAGAUAGAGACAGAGAAGACAAUCUGAAACGUCGCAAGAACACUCGAGCUUUGAACGAGGAAAGUGAUCCCCAUCUUGAUCAAUAUGCCACGAAAUAUGAGGAUGUAAGCCAUUUUAUGAAAUAAAUAUGGUAGCAACAGUAUUAAAAUAACAUAAUGUGUCUAAAAUAAUAUAAAAAUUUAGAUUUGAGUAGGUUAAACUUCGAAAAAUUAAAAAAAGGAAUUUUUAAACCGAUAUUAACAUAGAUUACACUGUUUUUCAUUGUUUUUUUUUAUUUUAGAUUCUUUUUUCACAUUUUUUUAAUUAAAGGCAGACCAACGACUACUACGCCGUCUAAAACGAAACACAGAAGCAGCAGCUAUCAUGGUAGCCAAUGUUGGAGCUCUCCAACAACCAUUGACCUGUUUUAUGAGACUUCGAAAUCCAUUAGUAAGUCACAGAAACCGUCUUCAUCACCUCCGAAAUCCCUCUAACAAGAACCUUCCACGUAAAUCAAACCUUCUUCCUAAUAAGCAUUAUUCAUUUCAGCUGCUCUACCCAGAAAUCCCAGACCAACCAAUGCCCGUUCGCUUCCUCUUUGUACUCUUGAACACGGUCGACAACUAUCCAGACGAAACUUUGGGUAUUGGCCGGGCAAUGGGGGCUUUAUUUUCUGACCAGAUCUUCCACAAAGUGGCAUACACAUGCAAAGAGAAGUUCACUAUCGCGGAUUCAGUGGAAGAGUACUUCACGCAAGCUACACUGAUUCCGCCAGGCAAAUGUCGACCUGACACAAGAUGGGAGCCAAAGGUCGAUGAAAAUGCUGUAAGUGCCAAUUUUUUUGCGUCAAAUAUUGUUUUAGUAGAUCCAUUUGUUAUGGUUCUUGUCUUUUUUUAUAACAAUUGUAAGGUUUCCGGUCAACAAUUACGUAGAACAACUAGUUUUGAACCAAAAACUCUGAAGAACUGUUAUUUUUUGCCCAAUCUCGGCCACUUUUUUCCCCAAAAGAUAAUGUUUUCAUCCAAAGAUAUCACUUUAGGUAAUCCGUAACAUCGGGACAAUGUUUUCGAACAGUGACGAGAAUAUCGACGAAGAAUUCACAGAAAUAAGCACGUUCAUGGCCCCAAAGAAGAAACUAGUCCUUAUCAAUCGAUCCGGCAGGAUUUUUGGUGGACUAGCUGAUGACGUUAGGUAAGGAUAUUCUUAAGAAAGCUCUUCUAAAAACUUUGGUCAAUGUUAUUUUGACCUGAAAAUUCAAAAUACAUUCAAAAUUGGCAGUUUAAUCAAGAAUACACUGAAAAAUAAGAAGGAAAGUUACCGAAAAAGGUUCUAACAGAAAAUAAUCUCAAUUCUAUUGACUUUUUGACUAAAAUAUUGAUAAAGUCAGAAUUGACAUUUCAAAAAAUCAGUGUAAACGAAAUUUUGUCUUGAAGAAAACCAAUAUUUCGUAAUUUUUAUCCAUUUUUUCGUGUUUACGAAGACUGCAGAGUGCGCGUGACACUUUAUACGAUAGAACAUGCUUGUCGUAAAAAGUUAAUUCAUAGCAAAAUGAAGCUUUUUGAAGAGAAAUACAGCUAACAUUAGCAUAAGCUUAAAUGAUAAAAAUUUUUGUUUUACAUUUUCGUAUUUUAGAAGAAAAGCCAAACACUACAUCUCUGAUUUUUCCGACUUUUUCUCCGGCCGAAUGUCCCAAUCGCUAGCCACAACAGCAGCCAUUUUCUUUGCAAAUUUGACGAAUGUCAUAACAUUUGGAGCUGUAUUCGAAAGAGCUACACAUCAGCAAAUGGCGGCGAUUGAAAACGUGGUAGCCGGCUCGUUAUGUGGUAUGAUAUUCGCUUUGUUUGCUGGUCAACCGUUAACAAUAUUGUCGGCUACUGGACCUACACUGAUUUUUGAGAAAGUGGUUUAUGAUUUGUGCACGUAAGGACUUUGUUUUAAUUUUAAAAGGGUUUUUAAUUAGGAAAAGCUUUGAAAAACAGCUUAAAUUGCGAUUUUAAAAUUAUUUGUUAUCUAAAUUAGAUACUAUAGUUUAACUCAAUGUAAUGUAAAGAAUAUUGAGUAUUAUGUUACAGAUUUUACAAUGCGUUGAUAAAAAACUAAUUUUUAGAGGUAUGAACUGGGAUUUCCUUUCAUUUCGUUUCUGGAUGGCGUGCUGGAUGGUCUUCUUUCUUCUGAUUCUGGUAGCAACUGACACCUCAGCGCUAAUCGGUUUUAUCACUCGUUUUACGGAAGAUGGCUUUGCUACUUUGAUAUCAGGUGCUGUAAUAGUACUAGCAUGUCAAAAGAUCUACGAAAUCAGCUACGAAGCUCCGAUCACCUGGCGUCCUCAAGCAGUGCUGGAUUCAACGUGCCAUUGUCUUCUGGAGACGCCAAACGAUCCCACCAAUGAUACUCAAGGCUUUGUCAUCAAGAAUCUGAGUAUUGGUGUGACAAGAUGUCGGUCUUUGGGAGGUGUACCACAUGGACUAGCCUGUUUCUUCAAGCCUGACAUAUUCAUCUUCUCGAUUUUGUUGGCUUUGUCCACUUUUUGGCUUACCAGUCGGCUGGCCAAGUUUAGAAAUGCGCCUUACUUGGCAUGGGGAGUACGGCACGCUAUUUCUGACUUUGGUGUAUUGAUUGCUGUUAUGGUAUUCACGUUACUGAGUAAAAUGACUGGGCUUGAUGUUCCGGCUUUGAAGUUUCCGAUGAAACUUACGGUAGGUUUUUGGGAGGGUUUAGUAGUUUUUGAUGGUAAAACGAAAGAAAAUUAGCUUAGGAAGAUAUAUCGUAAUGUAUAUAACUUACUUUUUUCUAUAUUAACUUUAUACCUAAAGUAAUAAGUCUAAAAAGUAAAAAAAAAUAAUCAAAAAAUCUACUUUUUAGCCAACAAUGGACCGCCCAUGGGUAGUAGACGUCCUGAAUAUUGAAGGCUACAGCGUAGCACUCUUUGCUUUGUUACCAGCAUUCUUCUACACAAUAUUAGUGGUAAUGGAUCAACAAAUUACUGCUGGUAUUGUGAAUAGGAAAGAUAACAAGCUAAAGAAAGGUGAUGGAUAUCACUUGGAUCUACUGGUCGUUGCCGUUCUAAUUCUGGCUUGCUCUGUGCUUGGACUGCCAUUUUAUGUAGCAUCAACUGUUCUGAGUAUGACUCAUGUGGAUUCAUUGAAAUCGCAUUCUGAAAUCGCUGCUCCUGGCGAAAAAGCAAGGUUUUUGGGGGUGAAGUAAGUUUUCUAGGGCAAGGUAGGGUAAGGAACAGUGGGGUAGGGUAAGAUAGAGUACUUACACAUUUCAUCAUUUUGGGUCGGGUAGUGUAGGGUAGGGUAAAGUAGAAUAUGGUAAUGUAGGGUAGAGUAGGAUAGGACAUAGUGAGCAAUGGUAAGGCAAGGUAAAGUAAGGUAGUUUAAGGUAGGAUAGAGUACAGUAAGGAAGACCAGAUCAAAAUAGGACAAGAUAGACUAUGGUAGAGUAAGCAAGAAUAUUAUACUUACUCAUAUAUCGUUAUUUUGCAGAGAACAACGCCUGACAGCCUUUAUAUCUCACCUUUUAAUGGGCUUAUCUCUGUUCUUUGCUCCAGUUGUAAAGUUGAUACCUUCCCCAGUAUUGACCGGUGUAUUCUUGUACAUAGGCACAACAUCCCUCCUUAGCCAACAAUUUACUCAACGUUUAAGACUCUUGUUCAUGCCAAUCAAAAAUCAACCGGAUUUUGUUUGGCUUCGAACAGUGCGAAUGCAUCGUGUGCAUUUGUUCACUUUUAUUCAGACUUUAUCAGUUAUAUCGUUGUUUUUCAUACGGUAAGUUAGGUGUUGUAGCAGAAGGGGUAUAGUUGUACUGUUGAUAUUGUGAUGAGAAUUAUAAUAGUACUGUAUCUCUGUACUAGCUAAAACUAUCUAAACCUUGACCCAAAUACCAAUCCUUUUCAGAUUCAUGAGCCACAUAGCCUUCGUAUUCCCAAUAAUGCUAGUUGUUAUGGUUCUUGUUCGUAUGUUCGUAUUAGAACGUAUUUUUACCGAGACCGAGCUCCAAUCACUAGAUGAUGAAUUACCUGACUUUGGCCGUGUUAUGCGCCCAAGACCACGUACUAUAACUCGUGCUAUGCGCAAUUCCAUCAGUCGUCGGCCAACUUUGGCUAAAACUGAUAAAAAUGGGGAAAAUCGAACGAAAAAGAAUAUUACUUGGGCUUGA